GGGCGCCGCGACUGGCAGCAGGAGGAGGGCCCGGUGCCGAGUCCUGCGGGGAACGAUCCGCCAGCCAGCUGGAGCCCCGACGAGGAUCCCGGAGACUCGGGGAGCUGCUUGUGGGCCGCCCGGGCCCAGUGGAGCGGGGGGCCGCGCCCCGCCCCGGGCGACGGUUCCGGCCCGGCCGGUAGCCGAGGGGAACGUGCGCUGUGUAGACGCGGAGGAUCGAAGCGAUGCGGCCUGAGAAAUAUCUAUGCAAGAUGUUGACUUUGCAAACUUGGAUAGUGCAAGCCUUGUUUAUUUUCUUCACCGCUGAAUCUAUAGGUACACUUUUAGAACCAUGUGGUCAUAUCAACCCUGAAUCUUCAGUUGUACAACUUGGUUCUAAUUUUACAGCAGUUUGUGUGCUAAAGGAAAAAUGUAUGGAUUAUUUUCACGUAAAUGCAAAUUACAUUUUCUGGAAAACAAACCAUGUUACUGUUCCUAAGGAACAAUAUACUGUCAUAAACAGAACAGCAUCCAGUGUCACCUUUACAGAUAUGUCUUCAUUAAGUAUUCAACUCACUUGCAACAUUUUAGCAUUCGGACAGAUUGAGCAGAAUAUAUAUGGAAUCACAGUAAUUUCAGGCUUGCUUCCAGAAAAACCUAAAAAUUUGAGUUGCAUUGUGAAUGAAGGGAAGAAAAUGAUGUGUCAGUGGGAUCCUGGAAGGGAAACAUACCUGGAAACAAACUUCACUUUAAAAUCUGAGUGGGCAACAGAGAAGUUUGCUGAUUGUAAAACGAAACAUGACACCCCCAAUUCAUGCACUGUUGAUUAUUCUCCUGUGUAUUUUGUCAACAUUGAAGUCUGGGUAGAAGCAGAGAAUGCCCUUGGGAAGGUUACAUCAGAUCAUAUCAAUUUUGAUCCUUUAGAUAAAGUGAAACCUAAUCCACCACAUGAUUUAUCAGUUACCAACUCAGAGGAACUGUCUAGUAUCUUAAAAUUGACAUGGAUCAACUCAAAUAUUGAGACUUUUACAGGACUGAAGUAUAACAUUCAAUAUAAGACCAAAGAUGCCUCAACCUGGAGCCAGAUUCCUCCUGAAGAUACAGCAUCCACACGAUCUUCAUUCACUAUCCAGGACCUUAAACCUUUUACAGAAUAUGUGUUUAGGAUUCGUUGUAUGAAGGGAGAUGGUAAGGGAUUCUGGAGUGACUGGAGUGAAGAAGCAAGUGGGAUCACAUAUGAAGAUAGACCGUCCAAGGCACCGAGUUUCUGGUAUAAGAUAGAUCCAUCCCAUACUCAUGGUUAUAGAUCUAUUCAACUCAUAUGGAAGACAUUGCCUCCUUUUGAAGCCAAUGGAAAAAUCUUGGAUUAUGAAGUGACUCUCACAAGAUGGAAAUCGUAUUUACAAAAAUAUCUAGUUAAUGACACAAAACUGACAGUAAACCUCACAAACGAUCGCUUUAUAGCAACUCUGACAGCAAGAAAUCUGGUUGGCAGAUCAGAUGCGUCGGCUUUAACUAUUCCUGCCUGUGAUUUCCAAGCUACUCACCCCAUCACAGAUCUUAAGGCAUUCCCUAAAAAUAAUCUGCUUUGGGUAGAAUGGACUGCUCCAAAUGAAUCUGUAAACAAAUACGUAGUUGAGUGGUGUGUGUUAUCGGAUGAAUUGCCCUGUAUCCCAGACUGGCAACAAGAAGAUGGUACCAUACAUCGCACCUAUUUAAAAGGGAACCUAAUGGAGAGCAAAUGUUAUUUGAUAACAGUUACUCCGGUAUAUGAUGACGGACCAGGAAGCUCUGAGUCUAUAAAGGCAUACCUUAAACAAGCUCCACCUUCCAAAGGACCUACUGUCCGGACAAAAAAAGUGGGAAAAAAUGAAGCUGUCUUAGAAUGGGACCAACUUCCUGUUGAUGUUCAGAAUGGAUUUAUCAGAAAUUAUACUAUAUUUUAUAGAACUAUCAUUGGAAAUGAAACCGCUGUGAAUGUGGAUUCUUCCCACACAGAAUAUACACUGUCCUCUUUAACAAGUGACACGUUGUACAUGGUACGAAUGGCAGCUUACACAGAUGAAGGUGGAAAGGAUGGUCCAGAAUUCACUUUCACUACACCUAAGUUUGCUCAAGGAGAAAUUGAAGCCAUAGUUGUGCCUGUUUGUUUAGCAUUCCUAUUGACAACUCUUUUGGGAGUAUUGUUCUGCUUCAAUAAGCGAGACCUGAUUAAAAAACAUAUCUGGCCUAAUGUUCCAGAUCCUUCAAAGAGUCAUAUUGCCCAGUGGUCACCUCACACACCUCCAAGGCACAAUUUUAAUUCAAAAGAGCAAAUGUAUUCAGAUGGCAAUUUCACCGAUGUAAGUGUUGUGGAAAUAGAAGCAAACAACAAAAAGCCUUUGCCAGAAGAUCUGAAAUCAUUGGACCUAUUUAAGAAGGAAAAAAUUAGCACCGAAGGACACAGCAGUGGUAUUGGAGGGUCUUCGUGCAUGUCGUCAUCUAGGCCAAGCAUUUCUAGCAGCGAGGAAAAUGAAUCUGCACAAAACACAUCAAGCACUGUCCAGUAUUCAACUGUGGUACACAGUGGCUACAGACACCAGGUUCCAUCUGUCCAAGUCUUCUCAAGAUCUGAGUCCACCCAGCCCUUGUUAGAUUCAGAGGAGCGACCAGAAGACCUACAAUUAGUAGAUAAUGUAGAUGGUGGUGAAGGCAUAUUGCCCAGACAACAGUAUUUCAAACAGAACUGCAGUCAACAUGAAGUUGGUCCUGAUAUUUCACAUUUUGAAAGGUCAAAACAAGUAGUGUCAGUCAAUGGGGAAGAUUUUGUUAGGCUUAAACAACAGAUUUCAGAUCAUAAUUCACAAUCCUGUGGAUCUGGGCAAAUGAAAACAUUUCAGGAAGUUUGUACAGCAGAUGCUUUUAGUCCAGGUACUGAGGGACAAAUAGAGAGAUUUGAAACAGUUGGGAUAGAGGCUGCAGUUGAUGAAGGAAUGCCUAAAAGUUACUUACCUCAGACUGUAAGACAAGGUGGCUAUAUGCCUCAGUGAAAGACUAGUUCCUGCUACAACUUCAGCAGUUACCUGUAAAGUAAAGCUAAAAAUACUUCAUCUGUGAUUUCAGAUAAAAAUAAUCUUCACUCACAGAAGAUAAUAAUUUGCCCUUCAGGACAAAACUGUACUGUAUCUCACCUGGGCUAUUUCCAUUCCAGAAUUUCUGGGAUCCUCCUUUGAGCACUACAUAAACUGACUUCAUCCUUUGAAUAGCUGAAUGACUUUGUGCUGUUUCAGGAUGUUUGCACUGAAGAAAACAGAAAGCUUGUCUGAAAUGUAUAAAGUAAAACUUUUCAUUUUUGUUUUGCUACACAGAAAAAUAUUAAAAAUAAGCAGCGAUAUACUUUAGCACAGCUAUACUGAUUUUGAUGAGAAUAAUCAAAUGAAGUGACUUAGGGAAAGUUAAUAUAAAAAAUUAGAGGAGCAAAGGUCUAGACCCUAUGCUUCAGUCAACACCAUAAAAUUAAAAAGUGGUGCAUAUGACACAACUGUGAGCCCAGCUUUUAUAGUUUGACAGGGAAAAAAGGGCUUAUUAAAAUCAUACCAACAUACAAAAUAAUAGUUGCUUCCUUUCCAUUGGUAAUGAUGCUAUCAGUUAUUAAUGGAGAAACAGAAUUCCAAAGUUUUAACUUGGCAGAUUGAAAAUAUUAAUUUUUUGAAUAUUAUAUAAUCAGUCUCUAAAUUUUCAAAAAUUUACUUUUUGUUAUUAUUGACAACCUCUUGAGGAUCCAUUUCCACAAAUUCAAAGUGCCCAUAUAAGAACUAAGAAUACAUGCCACAAUGUCUUAAGCAUUUUAAAAUUCAUUUGACACUAUAAGGCUUAAAUUUUAACAUUUUUCAUUACAUGUAUAUAAACAUUAUUGACUCUUCCUGUUAAGACUUCAGAGAAUUUGAUUGUCAAAGAACUUUAUACAGUAUGUCUUCAGCUGCAAAUGUGUUUCAACGUACUUUGUUUUUAUUUUUGAUUAAGCUAAGGUUGAAAAAUUCCUUCUUUUCUCUGGUAGCUGUUUGAAACAAACUUAAGUUAGAGGUGUUGGUCAGUAUUCAUCAGAACCAACAAACAAACCACAAUCCAACAAAUGCACAUACUGAUCUUAGUAAAUAUCAGUUACCAAAUAUCUUUAUUGUAGAGGCAUUGAAUGAAUAGAUAAUAUGUUAUUAUCUCCCAGUUCUUAGGUAGGGUAGAAGUUAAUUUUACAUUGUAAUUUAGAAAUAUUUUAAACCUCUUUCUGCCAGUUUUAUUUUUCAGGGGAGAAGUGAGCCAGGCUUCCAGAGUUUAGCACUGAACCUGCUUACGCAUUCAUGCCAUCCCCUUCCCAGCACAUUUGACAUGGAGGCAGAGGUUAAAAAUGGGGGUUAAUAUUUACAGAAGAAAUUGUCAUUAAUCAGUAGUUUAAUUCUAGACUGCUGCCAUCAGAUGAGCUCAGAGGAAAUAGUUUUGUUUAAUUUACAGAAACCAGGCAGACUAUUUUAUGGAGGUUAUUGAAGAAUAAAAGGCUAAGAAAAAUUGGUUACAUUUACAAUUGAAAUAUAAUUCUACUUUUUACUCUCAGUAUUGUUCACAUUAGACUUUCUGCUCUAUUUUACCCUUUCUAUUCUUGCAUUUAUUUAAUGCCUAAUGAUUUUCAGAGUUCUUUCUUACAUACGAUCUCCUUUGAGACAGAGCAUAUGCUUUAUUCCAAUAUAUGCGGUUUCUUACUUUAGACAAAGCCGAUAGGAGAUUGGUAGAAUGACAGAGUUAGGAGUAAAGGAGGAAAAUGAGUUACAAAGAGACCCAAAUCCACACUACAAUAUAACAGCUCCCCCACCAUUCAGGUGGUCAUCAGAGGCUGGGCCAGGUCAGCACUAUCUUGUCUGUCAGGAAAUUUUUAUCAAAUUUUUUGUUUCCCUAAGUCACCGUAUUGUAAUCAGAUUCUUAGCUAUAACUUUGCUCAUAACAAGCAAUGGUGUUGUGAAGAAUGUUGUACAGUGAAGUUUGUACAUUUUGGGAGCAGAUAUAAAAUGUGAACUCAUGACUUAAGGGAAUAAGAAUGAAGGGCCCUGAAAGAGUAUCUUGUAAAUGGAUCUGUGUGUUGAAACCUGUGUAGAACCUGGUACAGUGGGUGACCAUUCCCCCGGCCACAGAGCACUUUAGACAUGUGGAUAUAUGGUUACUGUGCAAAAAGUCAUUGAGGAAGUGAAUAUGUAUUUGAGCACUGAUAUGUAUUAUACAUCUUUGCCCUAUAGAGAAAGGCAAUCAUGAAACUUGUUUUAAAAUUACUUUUCUAGAGCAUGUCUUAGAAUAAUCAGUGUUUUGAUGCAUAUAAAUUGUAUUUUAGGUAGGCAGAGGAAGAAAUCUUUCUGUGAAAACUAAUCUAUGUAUGUUAGUGGAUUUAUUACCCUUUAAAUCUUUAGUAUCCAAAAACUUUAUCUUUGUUUAAAAUAAUGCUAACAAAGCAGAAAACAGCAUUUUCAUGGACAAAAUGAACUCACUGCUUCUGAUGCAGUUGUCCCAUUGUAGGAUUUGGAGAAAAUUGAUACAGUAGUUUUAUAUGUAUCUGUAAAAUACAUGUUAAAAAAGUCCAAAUACCUCCUUGCUGUAUGUAGUAAUGUGACUGACUUAGUUACUAGUUAGAGGUGUCUUUGGUAUCCUACCCUUAUCCUUCAUAAAGGCAUAUUUCUGAAUAACUACUGGGAAACUGUGAAACUUUCUAUCCAUUAAAAUCUAAAAUUUUAAUCUUUUUUACAUGACUCAGUCAUCAUUCAGGAACAUACCUAAUAUUUGAGUAGAAGCUGGGGGUGGGGAGCAAAGUUACAUUCAUAUGUUCUGUGUUCACAUUUGUUCUUUGCCUAAUUUUUUCUUUAAUUUCUGCCUGGUUUCCAGAUAAGAGAUUUUACAAUGCAAAGUUAUCCAGUAACUUUAGCUCUUAUUAUGAAGUUAAAGUUAAUAAAGUUGAAGCAUACUUAUAAACCAUUUAUUUAUUAAAGCUCGUAUUUAUAAAAUAGAUCAUCUAAAAAUAGCUUUAGAAAUAGAAAUGAGACCAAUAUAAUUUUAAAAGAUGUCUUUUUUUUCCUACCUGCACAGUUAACAAGAUUGUGACAUAGAUAUAGAAGUAGAAUAGUUAUAUAGUAGAAUUCCCUAAAAUGUAUUUGUAUACUGGCAUAUAUUGACUAAGUAAAUCCAGCGGGAAAGCUCUUCCACCAUCCUACUAUAUUCCAUGUCUCUUCUGUUUGACUUGCUCAGUUGGUUUUAAUGGCAAAUGUCUAAGUCAUACAUAGUUCAAACUGCAGUAUUUUAAAUCUAAAAAAUUAUUGCUAUUUGAGAACACUUCUAUUUCAAUAAAGUUUUGUUGAGAUGAGUAAAAUGGCAAAUAAGCUACAUAGAACUUCAAGUGAGUUCAAAAAAUGUAUUGGGAUAUCUUUUUAUUGUAGGUGGUAUUAGAUUAUAAUAUGCCCAGGUAAGGUUACUAAAAAAAAGUACUAAAAAAAAUUGAACUAUGGAGCCAGCCUAAAAUUGGCAUUGUCAUAGAUUUCAAAGGAGUAACCUAGCUGACAGCCUAAUUCUUCUUUGGACUGGUCCUUUACAAUAGUACCUUUCAGUAACUUCCUUUAUAAACAGGAACAUGGCCCAGGAUUGCCCAUCAGGGUUUCCUUGGAAAUAUUUUUAAUUCUUAUACUUCUAUUGAAGUGUAAGUAAAAAAAAUUUCCAAAGCCAAAUGUAAUAUCUUUUCUAGUAUGUGCAUUAGCAUGAUAUUCUAGUAUACAGUGCAUUAAAAAUUUUUAAAGCCCAGGGCGAACUCUUGUUAUUCAUUUUUUCUUGAAUUUUUAAGGGACUUUUGUAGUCAAUAGUUACCUCAGACUGGUUAAUUUAACUUCAUUACCCAAUUGUUCAUUAAAGUUGGUAGAUCAUGGUGAAAAUUCAUUUAAGGCUGAUGGUGAUAGAUGUUCCAGACCUUUUAUCCCUUGAACACAUAGUUUUAAUUAAAUGAAUUUUAUCUAAAUGUUUCAAAUGCUGUUACAUGAGUCCCAAAAUGAGAUGUGCCAGAAACAAACGGGUAUUUUAAAAGUGGGUAUUUAAAAAUUAUUUAGUUUUAAUGUGUAUUGAAUGAUACACUCUAAAAAUAAAUGUGCAAUUAACUAAUACUGCAAUGCAGUGAUUAGCAUUAGGUAUGUCUCCCAUUUAUAUCUUUGCUGUGUCCCAUUUACUCAGAAAUAUAUUUUCAAGUUCACUUGCUGUUUUACCUCCACACCUAACGUAACUUCAUAUAGAAAGGCUUGUGUAGAGUAUUUUGCGUAUUUUUACCUUGUUGCAGUGAAUUGCAUGUACUAAUUAUAACCACAGCUGUCAUUUUUAUUUUAACUAAAUGUUCUUGUAGAAGUUCUGUCAUGUAUCAGCUCUAAUUAAGUAAAUUUAAGAAAUAAAUUCUUGUUCACA